AUGGACAUCUUCAAUCGUCCGCCUUCAAUCGCUGAGGAUACCCUCCAAUACGCGAUCUACCCAUCUGUCAACUCCUCAGACAAAGCAUAUGCUACCAGUCUUGCAGCAUGUAUCAAAAGCUACGCCGACACGCUUCUCCCAGACUUCAUAUGGCAUCGCGAUGCCUUCGAAGUCAAGCUCGCCUCCAAUCCGGAUAGAGCUGGGUCAUGGAUCCUUGAAGGAAGAAUGCGCGUUGGAGACAGUGUCGAUGAUGAAUGGUGCACGGUUUGGUUGCUGAAGGAAAUCAGCUCGAAGUGGGAUGUUGUGAUCAGCGUGUACGAUUCAGACGGUGAAUUCCUCUUGAUUGAGGCUGCGGAGGCACUACCCUCCUGGGUCAAACCCUCAAAUUCUGAAAAUCGAGUUUGGAUCCACAAUUCCCGUUUGCAUCUCAUCCCUCUCACACAUGUAUCUCCAAGCCUGAGAGAGAGGCGCCGUCGCAAACUCCCGGGUCUACCAGAAAGCGACGACGAAGAUGCAGGAGAGGGAGAUUCUUACAUCGCUGCCGAAGAUGCUGUUCCCCUCGUCAGAGAUCCCUCAGUUGAAACCCUUGCUCCGCUUGCCGUAGAAAGACUGGCCUGGCAGCACAUAGCCGACUAUCCAGACGCAGCGAAAAGCCACGUUCAUACGACGAAAGCAUUCAUUCCUGAGGACAUAGCCAAAAUUUUGGGUGCGAAUCCAUCUCUGGUCCAGAAGGCGGUUGAAGCGUUUUACACAAGGGAUGCGAUCCAGUUGCGGACGGCCCAUCGCAUGUCCCGCUUUUCUCCCGGUACAGCCGUUCUUACAGCCGUUAAGAUGACAAGAACAGCCUAUGCUCAGCUAAUAGGUCAGAAAUUCUUCCCUCCAAAAGUAUUUGGGAGCUGGAAAGAGCGAGAGGGCACGAAAGAGUGGAGGUGGCGAGACGUCGGAAUGAAAAUCGCGGUUGGUUUUGAGAUGCUUUACCAGGAAAGUAAAGGACGACAAGGCGGGCAGAACCUGUCGGAAGAUGGAAUUCGCUCAACGGCUGCGGCAAACAAGGAUACGCUGCAGCGAAAUCCGGAAUAUCAAAAAUAUAUCCAGAACCUGACCAAUGCCGGUUAUUUCAAAGGCGAACUACAGGGUUCGCUGCUCUGGGGUUCUCUGGAAAAUCAAGCCGCCGCCACAUUCGUUGAAGUCCGCCGACCCAACGACGCCUCGCGACAAUCAUUCGCUUCCCAGGUGACCUCUGGCCUGUCAAGGAUCAAAACCUUGCCCGACCAAUCGACAGCGACAGAAGAUUGCGAUGAUUGGUUGAACGUCGACGGAGAGGAUUUCGAACGGAUGCUGGAAGCUACAUUUGGCAAUGCCAAUCGUAAUGCCGCGAAGGAUCCCAAUACCAUGGAUGUUGACAAUACCAAUGCCGGGCAGCCAACCGAAGAUCAACUUGCGUCAGAACAAGCUACGCGACUGAAAGAUCUUGCGACGAAAGUCGAGAAUUUCGUUGAAGGUGAGGGAGACAUGGAAGGUGCGCGAUUCGAAGGUGAAGAACUUUCCGAGGAAUCCUUCAGCGAUGACGAUUCGGAUUCGGACUCGGACUCGGACUCUGAGUCCAAAAAGAACCGACGUUUGGAACAACGUCAAGAAGACAUGAACAAGCUGGUUUCUGGGCUUGAGCCUUCAGAGUACGGAAAGAUGCCUGCUUCAUAUCACAGCAAUUCGCAACGUGUAGCUACCGCCGCAGUCGAGACCGACGCGGAAGAAGGCAACACUGAACUUCCAGAGCCGAAAUCAGGUACCAAAGCUGAAGAGAAACCUAAGGCGAAGCCCAUCCGGCCUCCUAUUAUUCCACGGGACAAAUACGACGGAGUCGACUCUGACGAUGAAACGGAUGAAGAGGCUGUUGAAGAUGAUGAAUCUGAAGAGGAUCGCCCUCAAGUCGUUGGGGAGAUUGAGAUCGACAUGGAAGAGGAAGAGGAAGAAUUCCUCGAGUUUUCGAGGCAGGCUCUUGGGAUAAGCGAUGAGCAGUGGGCAAGCAUUGUGAAGGAUCGCAAGGAUAGGGGUGCCUUCCUUCCCACCAGUGCCAAAAAAAUGACUCCAGCGCCGAAUAAACCUCCUGAAUCUACCGAGAAGACUGAGAGGAAAGCCCACAUACCUCGCAUUCCGGAACCUGGCCCACGGCCAAAUGUCAACCCUGAACUCGAUAGCUUCGAAGCGGUGAUGAAGGCUUUGGAUGAGGCACUGUCAAAUUCAAAAAACCCUUCGCGUAAAGCGGCGCAAUCGAAAGGUAAGGCCAAAGAAGAGGAGACAACGCAAGACAAAGGGAAGCAUAAAACGACAGUUGAAGAUGCCAUGGAUGUUGAAGAUGCGAUGGAUGUUGAUGAGGACGAUGAUUUUGACAUCGAUGCUGCGAUGGACGCUGAGCUCAAACAAGCGCUCGAAGGUGCCGAUUCGGACUCUGAGGAGCCCAUGGACUACAACAUGAUCAAGAAUUUUCUGGAAAGUUUCAAGAGUCAGGCGGGUCUAUCUGGUCCUGUCAGCAAUCUGGCUGGGCGCCUACAACCUGAUCUGAAGUUUCCUCGCGAUGAUUCUUUCUAG